AUCAGCUGUGUCCAAUCACAGCUGAUCACAUGGGGGACAUGUACACUGAUCCUCAGGGCACUGAUGAUCAGUGUGCCCUGAUGAUCAGUGUAGCCCCAGCAGUGCCAGCUGUCAGUGUCCAUCAGUGCCACAUCAAUGCCACAUAUCAGUGCCUACCAGUGCACAUCAAUGCCACAUAUCAGUGCCCAUCUGAGCUGCCUUUCAGUGUCACCCAUCAGUGCCAGUCAGUGCCACCUAUCAGUGCUGCCAAUAAGUGCCACCUAUUAGUGCUGCCAGUCAGUGCCGCCUAUCAG